AUGUCCGAUACAAAAGCCGAAGCCACCGGCGUGGAAACCGCCGGUUUUUCCCCGCCAGCGAAACGUAGCUUCGGUUCGCGAGUCGGUGCUCAUUUCAAGAAGUGGUGGUGGGUGCAUCUGAUCGUGUUUGUGAUUGUGGUACUCGUCGUCGCACUGCCAGUCAUCUUCGUGGGGUACCCCAAGAUCGCCCAGCACGAUGUCAACGACUCCACCCUCAAUAUCACCGAGAUGGUGAUCGGCGAUCCAACCCCGGAUUCCUUCCAACUCAACCAAACCCAAGUCAUUGGCUCCCACAGCUCUUACCACCCCGAGAUCUACGCCUUUGAUGCCGCUGUCUCACUGGCCGGUGCCGCGGCCGCCUUCGCCACUGUGCGCGUGCCGGGAGUCAAGUCCAAGGACGGCGCCGUGGUGGAGGUUGCCCAGAAAGUCGAUUUGUCCGAUGCCGAUGCCUUUGGCGACUAUGCCAAAGCCGUGAUGCUGAACGAGGAGGUCUCGCUGAAUAUCUAUGGCAAGCCUGGGUUAAAGGAGGGGUCGCUGCCGAAGACUACGGUGACAUAUGACAAGACUGUUACCAUGAAGGGUCUGAACAAACUCACGGGCUUCGACGUGACCGACUUCCACAUCCUUCUCAAGCCAGAGAACGGCCGCAACAUGAAGGGAACAGUCUACAUCCCCAAUCCCUCCGUCAUGACAAUCACCAUGGGAAACCUCACAUUGGACCUCUCCGUCGCCGGAAGCCCCAUGGGUCAAUCCUACCUGGACAACCUAGUUCUCAAACCAGGAAACAACACCAUCCCAAUGACAUCAACCGUCAACCAAAGCGCCAUAAUCAGCAUGUUUACAGCCAAAAACAACCCAUACAAAGACGGACUCGUGCCAUUCGACAUCACCGGCAACUCGAGCUACUACAACGGCAAGGAACUGCCUUAUUUCACCAAGGCGCUCAGCGCGAAUAAUUUGACUGUGCAUUUGAAUGUGACCAAGGCUCUUGCGGAGAUUGGUCUGACUAAUUUGUAA